ACCAGUGAGCCAGUGUGAGCGACUCCACGUGUGUUUAGAAUCAAUGCCGGACUGUAAAAACAUAACCUAUUCAACAAUAUUUUUCUACUAUGAUCGAUACAGUUUUUCAUUUAUGAAACUAAUCGAGAAUCGGAAAAAAAUAAUAUUCCAAUAAUACGGAGAAGCAAAGUGAAACAGAUUUAAAAUGGGAAAAAAAGGUUAUAAUUGGAAGUCCCGGCACGUGCCCGAGGUAGAAAUCGACAACUCUGCUACGAAACAGAUCGCUAUUGACAUAAAACAUCGCCAAGACAAUUAUGACAACUGUAACACUUUAGUACUACCCAGCGAAAAACGGAAAACCAAAAACAAGGAUAAAAGGUUGACGAAUGUCCGGCUGCUAUCAAAAAAACGACGCAAACAAUUAGAAAAAGUUGUAGAAAGGAAGGAAAAGAAAUUGCAGAGAGCCAACCUUCUUGAUGAACUCUCAAAAGUUCAGGCAGCCGAUGAUGAGCUCAAACAGUAUGUGUCUUUAACAACUGUACAAACAAAAGGCUUAAAACGCUACAUUAGAGAAUCAAAUGCUCCAGAAAUUGAACCAAAGGAUGUGGAUAACGAAGAUGACAAUGACAAACCAGAUGACGUUAUAAAUGCUAUCAAAGGUUGUAAAAGAAUGAGACUAGCUCUCGUCGAAGAAGAAUCUCAGCCACACAGAUCAACAGAUCCAAAUGUUAUUGAUUUGAAUGAUUCCAGUGAAGACGAAUUAGUAUCUAGUGAUUCUGAGGAUAACGAGAAUGAAAAUGAAUCAAGAAUCCCAGAAAAAAUAUCUCAGCCUCAGGAAGAAAAAAAAACCAUCGUCGAAAAGCCUAAAAUUGUAACUGUCGAGUCUGUAGCUGUACCACUGGUAUUAAGGCCAAAAACAGUGCAUAAACGGGCAAUAGAACAAAAAGAUCGUAAACCGGCAGUAUUUGUAGCAGUAAACAGAACGAGCGAAGUGCAAGAGGCGAGAUUGAAGCUUCCUGUUCUGGCGGAAGAACAAAGUAUUGUUGAAGCGAUAAACGAAAAUCCUGUUGUGAUUAUCACUGGAGAAACGGGAAGUGGAAAAACAACUCAAGUACCGCAAUUCUUGUAUGAAAGUGGUUACGCCAAAACACGAAUGAUCGGAGUCACCGAGCCGAGGAGAGUGGCGGCGAUGUCAAUGAGCAAAAGAAUAGGGCACGAGAUGAAUCUUACCAGCAAAGAAGUAUCUUAUCUAAUACGUUUCGAGGGAAACGUAGGACCUGAAACGAAAAUAAAAUUCAUGACUGACGGUGUUUUGCUCAAAGAGGUACAAACGGAUUUUUUGCUGACGAAAUAUUCAGUCAUAAUACUGGACGAAGCGCACGAGCGGAGCGUUUACACGGAUAUUCUAAUAGGACUGUUAUCACGCAUCGUCCCACUACGCACCAAAAGAAAUGAUCCUCUGAAGCUCGUCAUAAUGUCAGCUACACUGCGAGUCGACGACUUCAUAGGAAAUUCGAAGCUAUUUAAAGCUCGACCGCCCAUUAUUCAAGUGGAAUCUCGACAAUUUCCCGUAACCAUUCACUUCAACAGACACACCCGUUCGAAUUACGUGCUCGACGCGAUAAAGAAAACCGUGAAGAUACACACUCGUUUACCGGAGGGUGGGAUCCUCGUGUUUUUAACAGGUCAGCACGAAGUGAAUACGGUGGUGCGUCGUUUGCGCAAAGCGUUUCCUCACCGGAAGUCCAAAUUUUCCUCUUCAAAUGGAAGCAAAGUUGAUAAAAAUAGCGAAAAAACGAAGAGUGACACUGAUUCCGAGGAAGAAUUCGAAGCUGAGGGUGCCUUGAGGCGUAUGAAGAAGAAACGUAAAAAAGCAACUGUUGAUUUACCAAAUAUCGAUUUGGACAAAUACUCGGCGAUCCCCGAAGAUGAUACGCGAGAGGAUUUUUUCGACGUAGAGAAUAAUGACGACGUGGAUGAGCUUGAUAUCGACGAAGACGAGAACGAGGAUGAGGAUAUACUCGAGUUAAAUAGUCCGUCGACGUCGCAACCCCUCUGGGUUUUACCGCUCUAUUCUUUAUUACCCGGUCACAAACAAGCUCGAGUCUUCGAGCCUGUUCCAGAAGGCUGUCGUCUUUGCGUAGUCGCGACUAACGUCGCGGAAACAUCGUUGACAAUACCAAAUGUCAAGUACGUAGUUGACAGUGGGCGUUGCAAAACACGAUUGUACGACAAGGUAACUGGCGUCAGUACUUACCGCGUUUGUUAUGCUAGCCAAGCCGCGGCGAAUCAACGAGCGGGCAGGGCUGGCAGAACUGCCCCUGGUCACUGUUACAGAUUAUACUCGUCAGCGGUAUUCAAUGAUCAAUUUGAAAAAUUCAGCGAGCCUGAAAUUCGCCGUAAACCGGUGGAUGAUUUGUUGCUGCAAAUGAAAGUUAUGAACAUCGACAAAGUCGUGAACUUUCCAUUCCCAUCGCCACCGGACAUGCUGCAGUUGAAAGCUGCCGAAAGGCGGUUGCGCAUACUCGGAGCCUUGGAAAAACCUGCUCGACGGGGAGCCGAUACUUACAGCUCGAAGGUCAGUCCUUUGGGGCGAAGUAUAGCCGCGUUUCCGGUAGCGCCUCGCUACGGCAAAAUGCUUGCUGUUUCGCAGCAACAAAACCUGUUGAAAUACACUAUUUGCAUGGUGGCCGCGCUCUCGGUACAAGAAGUACUGGUGGAGGGACUCGGAACGGACUGCGCUGCUAAAGCGAAGUGGCUUCAGACUCGAAGAUUUUGGGCGGGCACCGGAAACAGUUUGCUACUCGGCGAUCCUAUGGUGCUCGUGAGAGCCGUGGGUGCCGCCGAAUACGCCAAUUCGAAAGGUAAAAUACAGAAAUUCUACGAAGAACACGGAUUGCGACCGAAGGCCAUCGGGGAAGUACGAAAAUUGAGGCAACAACUGACCAACGAAAUAAUGAUCAAUAUACCGGGUUUGAAGCUCGAAAUCGAUCCCAAUAUGCCUCCACCUACAGACCUAGAAGCGAAACUUCUCCGGCAGAUCGUUCUCGCUGGUAUGGGUGACCAGGUUGCCCGGAAAAUAUCACCGGACGAGAUAAAAGAGGAUCAGGACAAAGCAAAGUGGAAACACGCUUAUAAAACUAUAGAAAUGGAAGAUCCGGUGUUCAUGCAUUCGAGUUGCGUUUUGCGGAAGACCAGUCCGGAAUGGGUUGUCUACCAGGAGGUUUACGAGACCAAUAAAAUGUACAUGCGAGGAGUCACGGCCAUAGAACCCGAGUGGUUGCCGAAAUUCGUUCCUAUGCUUUGUACAAUGAGCUCAACAAACACUGGCACUUCAGCGAGAUACGACGAAGAAAGCGGUAAAGUAAUGUGCCAAAUGAGCGGCACUUUCGGACCACAAAGUUGGGAAUUGCCACCAAUGGAAAUCGAAUAUCCGACGAAUAGAGAAGGCGUCAAAAUAUUCGCCAAAUUUUUCCUCGAUGGCCAAGUUUUUCCUAAACUCAAACGUUUCGUUCCAUCGUUGCUGUCAACGCCUAGCAGCGUUGAAGCUUUUUGGGCGAAAUUAUUACCCAGGACGGAAACCCUCAUCAAAGUUCUCUUAUCCAAAGGAAUUAUGUCGCGGGAUAAAUUGAUCGAUAUUUGGAAAACAGACAGACAUUUCUUGCUAGAAGCCUACCAAAAAUGGCUUCCAGAAUCUGCUCAAAACGAAGUCACGCUUAUUUGGCCGCCCACCGAUUAAUAUCUCUCUGUAUAUUUUUUCGAUAAAUAUUCGGAAGUGCGGCAAAUACAUUUUUUUUUGUUUUAAAAAAUUUCAUCAUUUUUGGGAAAAACUGCACUUUCGAAUAUUUACCCUUUUUUCUUUUGUUUUUUAAUUUUUUAAUAAAGUAACAUCAAUCGCAGAAAUAAAUCACGACCACGAACGAAUUUUAUGUUUAUUGCGAUGAAAUGAUUAUCGUUGAAACAAUAUUACCGAAUUGGAGAUA